AUGUUCAAACGGUUGACUGUAAGUUACGAAGACGAAGAAGAAGGAGAGAAAAUAAAGUACAAAUGAAGUGAACUCGCGGCUGAUAAGCACCGAUGAGCACUCGGCCGGCCAGUCUCCCCUCCUUUGUUCUUUUCUGCAAUUAUAUUAUUAUCACGUGCAAAUAUAUGGAAUUUCACCGAAACGAAACUCGCCUUUUUGGCUGUUUGAUUAGGUUUCUACGGCGUCAUCGCUCGCAUUUUUGCUCAUUGAUUCCGUUUUAGGCGCAAUUCUUUACUUUGAAAGUUCGGCGCUUCAACGUUUCUCUCAAAAGUCAUUCAUCAUGUGAUUUUCAUCCAAUUUUUCAUAAUCCGAACGUUUUUUUUUUCUUGAAAAACGGGAUCGCGACGUCUUGAUACCCACGUUACAUUUAACAGUGCAAACUAUCGCUAAGUAGCUCACGCUAGUUGCCAAACGUCAAAAAUAGUCAAUUCCUUCUUUUUUUCGCGACCGAAGCUAAUAAAACUGUCUCAUUUUCAGAAGCAAUCGACGCCACAAAUGGCGACGCCCCCGCAAAUAUCACCGGCGGCGGAGAAACAGAAGCAGGAACGUAUUCGGGCGGAUCUUCAGAAGGAACUCGACAACGUCGUCAAAGCGGCCAUCGCUUCGCCGCACUCGCGACGCGACAAUGUGCCCAGGUACGAAGGUAAUGAAGAAACAAUCACAGAGAAAUCAUAUUUUUCAGUGAAAUCACCCAGAAUCUGUGCAACUCGAUCGAGGCGAUCUUCAUCCACGGACUGCGCGAUCCGUUCUUUUUGAAAGGGACCAGAUAUGCGAAAUAUCCAGAACCGAAUUUCUGGCCGUUUGUCUCCAAAUUCUCGCCCCACGUCACUCUACACCAAAUCGCGUGUCUCGGACAAAUUCGCACGGAAAUUGGCAAAGGCAGGGCGUGGAUUCGGAUAAUACUCAACGAGAACGUACUCGGCCAGUACAUGGACCAGCUCGCCGCCGAAACUAAUGCGAUCCAGCAGUUCUACAACGAAGACGCGUUCCUGCGGCUGCUCGCGGACCCGGAUCACUCGGCUCGCAUCUGCGGACUCCUCAAACCGCUCACCUCGCUGCCCAUCUCCGCCGCCACCAACUCGUCGUUCCUCAACACGUGGACGCCGACUCCGCUCAUUCUUGCGGGACUCAUGACCGGAGAGCCGUUGAAAGUGGGCGUGCUCAAGGCCCGUCCCAACCCGAAACCGGCACAUAUGACCGAGGAAAUUGCGAUUCCGGCGAUCGACGCACUCGUUCCCGAGGAGUAUCAAGAUAUCGGAUCGCCCGCAUAUUUGGAGAGAAAGAGACGGAGAGCAUUGGGUCGGCCGAUCAGAAGAAGUGAGUGAAAUAGGGGAGAAAUCGAAAGGAAAGAACUUGCAGGAUCGGAGAACGAGGACAAUUCGGACAACUCGUCGGUCUACUCGCAUCCGUCGAUGCUCGACUCAGGCGAGAUGUCCUACCAGCACGCGGUGCUCGGAUCCCUCCGUCGGAACGCGAGCUCUUCCGGUUCGCGCAUCCAACUCAUGCCCCAAUCGCCUCUUUUCGCCUCCACCCCCAUCGACACGGCCAUUCUCGAUCCGGCCGUCACUGCGAACAUCAACAAGCGAUCGUCGGACUUUGUGCAGGUUGUUUCCGAUAUUGGGCCCGACGAUCCGCCCGGAUACCAGCCGCUGAUCAUUUCAAGACGGAUUCGAAGGCCGUCGAAACAGUACUCGGGAUCGCGGAGUUCGAGUGAGUCGGCGAGCAGGGACAGUCGUCGGAGAGCGGGAACGAGGGAUUCCAGAGCGAACAGCGACAUGGUAGGGAUGAGUGAUUUAUGAAAUCACAGAGCCAUUUCAGCCCUCCACAAUCUUCGGAACCGUUCCCAACGACGUCGCCUUCUCCCUCGACGAUCCGAUCGUUUCGAAGCCCAUAUCGGCCACGAUGGACAGUGGAAUCGCUGAAAUGAUAUCGUCCGUUCCGACGCGAACAGCUUCGGAAGUGGAGUCGGAAUCGACGCCAGUCGAAGAAACGAAAACCGAAAGAUCCGUGUCUUUUCUGGAAGCGCUCACCGAAUUGGCGUCGGUUUCUGUGGAGGAAGAGGAGAUUCCUGCGCCGCGCAGCUUGUCGCUCACUGACGCGUUUCUGAAGAACCAGGAACAAGAGCAGAGGGAGUCGGAAGAGUUCAACGACGUUGAGAACACGAUCCGGCAGACGAAGGACGACGAGGAAGUGUUCGAUGGUAACUGUUCUUCGACCAACUCAUCUCGAAACGCUUUUUCCAGUGUCAAUGGACGAGGAAGAAGGCACCUCGACAGCCCCCGCCCCCACAUCUUCUUUCCGCCGCAGUGACCCGGUCUCGAUACCCGGUAGACGGAGAAUCAUCGAAAGACUCGAGCAAAAGGUUUGUAUCUUCGCGUUUUCCCGGAAACUUUGUCGUUUUUCCCGCAGUCAUGAGACACUUAUCAGCUAUCAGACAAUUGGAGACCGGGUCGGUCGUGUGACCUUAAUGAGUGAUAAGAGCGGGAAGGUGCUUCAGUGAGCAGAAAACAGUCGAAUCGGAGUUGUGUAGAUGAUCAGAAGAACGGUGAAUGAGGAAGUGAAGGGCUUGGCUGAUAACAGUUCAGUUGGAUGUUCUUCAAUGUUUUUAUGCACUCAAAGUCGUCGGAGGAGCACAUUUGACAGCGGGAAUUCGGGAAUUUUCAAUUGACGUCUUCUGAUGCUUGGCUUACUAGGCUGCGGCUGAUUUUAUUGAGAAUCCAGUUGAGUUGACUCAGAACUGGGAGUUCUAGGAUUUUUUCGAUUUCACGUAUUCUGAUAUUUGUCUCUGUUUUAUAAAACCACCAAAACACAAACCUCUGCCAACAGUCUACUUCGACCUGGAGGCAUUUGACACCACACACAUAAACUUUGCAUCCAUAAUCAAACUUUUGAACUCUUCCGACUCCCUGUUUCGCUCGCUCUUUUUCAUCACAUUUAGACACAUUCACAUGACAAUGCACAGAAAGAAGUGUUCGAUAAGGGGUGCAGCGGCACGUUGGCACCUCCUCGAUAAGCCCCCUCCGUUUCUUUUUUGAUAGUAAACGAGCGAGUACCCCCGUGCCAUUCAUUUACUCCCGCACUUCCGAGUUGACGAGCAAUGAGUGUCUGCUCGGCGUCGUCUUCAACUUCUUCUCUGUAUUCGCUGGAUUCUAAUAACAACCACAACGAUAAAGCGAUCGCCACCACCAGUUACUUUUCGACAAUGACAAAAGAGGAAGAAGAAGGCGAGAUGGAGCGGAUUCGUUCAUACCCGCGCCGUCGAAGCAGUCUGGCGGAUAUGGUGAACGACGUGAAUCGGGUCAGUGACUCGUUCUUCCGAAAGUUUGUCAACUCGACACUCAGCCUGGUGGCGACGAUGCGCAAAGACGAGAAACGGACUGUUAAGCAGCUGUUUUGUGAAGUGGUAAGGAUUCGUUCGAUACUUGAAGUUCUUCCAGCUGAAAUUCUUGAAACUCGUCUCGCUGCUAAAAAAUUAGGCCCCGAAGAUUACAAAACGGGGGAUUUUUCAACAGAGCGCAUUCACAUUGAAAUGCCCCGAUAGUAGAUGUUUUCCUGAAAGUGUUGUCUCGGAAAAUUCGAAACUCGCUGUGCGAACUUUGGCGGUUCUCCGAUUAUUCUCCGAUUCACAUGUUGAUUUGACUAGUUUGCAGCUUUGUUGAUAACUCCAUAGAAUGCGUUCAUUGAGGUCGGAGUUUUCCCGCAAACUGUAGUGUCUGUACGGACCAUCACCGUCAUAUUUCGUCAUCUUUGCUGACCUCUCUUCUUUUUGUUCCUGCGUCUCUGUGAUCCGCACACUCUCUCUCUCUCUCUCUCACCUUCCCCUUCUGCUCUCUUCUUUUUUUGGUCAGCCGUUCCGUCCGUCGUUCGUAUCGGGUAAUAGCAGUCACUGUUCAGUAGGAGAUAGUCGAAAUGAAGUAUUUUCUAAUGCCGUGCGGGGUGAGUUGUAGUCAUAAUUUGAAAAAAGUAAGAAAUUCGAGACAUUUCCUGGAAAUGUAUGUUUCUUUUUGCAGACUGACACAAUUCUGGGCACCUCUCUGCGAGAUGAGCUCAUGGACGCGCUUCCGGCCGCUGAAAGUGCAACUUUUGAGGUAACGUUCUUGUUUUUUUCCGUCAAUAUCAGUUUUCUUUGUUCCAGCAAGGCAUUCCGAUCUAUGUGCAGAGCCCCGUUCUGAUGGGCAACUCGCUCGCUGCGAUCGGAGCCCGCCACAACAUGUGGGAGUCGAAUUCGGAUCGAUCGAGACUCUCGUCAUCUUCCGAUUCGGGCGGCCCCGUCGUCAGUUUCGGACAGGCGCUCCGGUCGGCCAUGGAGCACGGAAGAGCUGUGGAUGAAGCGGACGGCGUCAAUUCGCUCGGCACUUCAAGCCAGGACCUGAACGUGGAUGAUGGAGUCGUUGAGGAUGUCGAAUCGACGACAGAAUCGAGAAAAUUGUCGACGGUAACUCAGGAAACGACUGACAAACUGUGCAACAUUGCGAGAGAGAAAGGACUGGACUCGCAGGACUUUAGAUGCGCCAUGUGCCGAAAAACGGUCGGAGGAUCCACGUUUUCCAAGUUUGAGUGAGUUCUCACACUUUGUUCUGCGGAAAAACAAUCAAUUUUCUCCUGCAGAACGUGUGGAAUCGACGGCAAAUACUACUGCACGGAGUGCAUGAAGCCCGGCGGAAAAGUGUCAAUCCCCGCGAGAGUCGUCAUGGACUGGGACUGGAGGGAACGGGCCGUGUCGGACCGCGGACGAGCCUGGUACGAAGCGAAUCAGGAGAAGGCGCUCAUCAACGUCAAGGAGCGCAAUCCGCGGCUCUACUCGCACGUGCCGGCGCUCGAAGAGACUCGGAAGCUCCGCGAGAAGCUGCAUCUCGUCUCGAUGUACCUGUUCACGUGCAGAGAAUCCGUCGCGGAGGACUUUAGAAGGCGCUUGUGGCCGAAAGAGUAUCUCCGCUCGGACGUCGACCUCUACUCGUUCGCCGAUCUGAUGGACGUGAAGAGCGGAGCGAUGCAGAGACGGCUGAACCACCUGCUGAAGCACUCGAUGAACCACGUGAUGGCGUGCACGCUGUGCCGUCAGAAGGGCUUCUGCUGUGAGAUGUGCUCGGUCAGCGAGGUCAUCUAUCCGUUCAAUACGGAAUCCACGCAUCGGGUACGGUUUUUACCCAGUUGCCUUACUUUACACAUUAGUCUUGUUAUCGAGAAUGUUCGGUGAAAUAUUCAGAGCCAAACGCCCAGGCCUUGUUGGUCUCGAAGAGUAUCCCAAAUAAGUCUGUUUUUUUUCAGUGCCGUGUGUGCUUCACAGUCUUCCACGUUCAAUGCUGGCGAACAGCGGCCGAGUGUCCGAAAUGCAUCCGUCGGCGGGAGUUCGAAACUCGUCGCGCUCAGAUCGACGACCCGCACAACUCGCUGCUCAUUUUGCAGCCAUAA